GAAGCCAUUCACGGCAUGGUUCCUCUCAAAAGUGAUGCUUUUGAGAAAUUGGACAAGAUUGGACAAGGUACAUACAGCAGUGUUUUCCAAGCACGUGAAGUUCAUAGUGGGAGGAUGGUUGCCCUGAAGAAGGUGCGAUUUGACAAUUUCCAACCGGAGAGUAUUAGGUUCAUGGCAAGAGAGAUUAUAAUCCUCCGUGCACUUGACCAUCCAAACGUCAUGAAAUUGGAGGGCAUAAUCACUUCCCAACUUUCACACAGCAUCUACCUUGUGUUUGAAUACAUGGAGCAUGAUCUUGCUGGCCUAGUAUCUUCUCCGGACAUCAAGUUCAGUGAAUCACAGAUUAAAUGUUACAUGAGGCAGCUAUUAAGUGGCAUGGAGCAUUGUCACCUUAGAGGUAUUAUGCAUAGAGACAUUAAAGUUUCCAAUAUAUUAGUGAACAAUGAUGGUGUUCUCAAGAUUGGAGACUUUGGAUUAGCAAAUACACUUAGCCCAAACAACAAGAACCCUUUAACAAGUCGUGUGGUGACUCUUUGGUAUCGUGCUCCUGAGCUCUUGAUGGGUUCAACGAAUUAUGGAGUUUCAGUGGAUCUAUGGAGUGUCGGCUGCGUAUUCGCAGAACUUUUCCUGGGGAAGCCAAUCCUUAAGGGAAGAAAUGAGGUUGAACAAUUGCACAGAAUCUUUAAGCUUUGUGGAUCUCCACCAGAAGAGUUCUGGAGAAAGUGUAAGCUUCCUCUUGCAACAAUGUUUAAACCGCAGACUACCUACGAAAGCUCUCUUUGGGAGAGGUGUAAAGGUUUUCCUCCAACUGCUGUAAGCCUAAUUGAGACUUUACUGUCCAUUGAUCCUUCCGAGCGUGGCACUGCCUCCUCUGCACUGAUGUCUGAGUAUUUUAGCACAAAGCCGCAUGCUUGCAGUCCAUCAUUCCUUCCAAAGUAUCCACCAAGCAAAGAAAUGGAUGCUAAAUACCGGGAUGAUGCACAGAGGAAAAAGGCUGGAGUGGCUCGCGAGGCUGCGACGACAGCAAAAAGGCCAAAACGGGUCCAGAAAGUUUUGGAUUGCCCCAACAAUAAUAAUAAAACAGCUACAAAAGAGGAAAUGCAGAACAAUGCUCAAAAUGGUGGUAGAGAUGAUAAAGUAUAUCAGACAAAGGGAAGAAUCGGAGUUGUGCAGCAGAAAGAGAUGCAACAUAAACCAAUGUUUGAUGCUAAGUCAGAGGCUGCCAAAACAAAUGGUUCUCAUGGCUAUAGUGUAUACUCAGGUCCGGCACCGGCCUCAGGAUCUACCGGCUUUACUUGGGCUACUAAGAGGCGAAAAGAUGCCGCUUCAACUUUAUCAGAUGGCUCAAGAAGUAAAAUCAGUGGACUUGAUCCAAACUUUGCCAAAGGAACAUAUGAUUUAGCAAGACAAGGGAUUGAUGUUUCACAAAGAAAUCGUAGUUACACAAACUUUCAAGAUGAAACACAUCAAGAAUCAUUUGAUGGAGCUGAUGAGUACUUGGAUUAUGAUCCCACAGAAAAAGCAGAUUCUAUGAUAAGUACUCAGGGCAACAUUAAUGAAGACUUGCAUUUUGAGAAUGGCAUGAGAAGAGGAGCCAGAAAAUCACGGUUUGGUUGAGAGCCAAGGAUUUAUUUGAUUACAGUGCAGUAAUUUCCCUUUAUUCUUCAAGGGUGCUUUGACUAAAACAACAUUCUGGCCCAUUGCUGGACUGUGUUAUCAGCAUCUGCACCUGAAUUUUUAACUUCUGACUUCACCACACAUUUAUCUCAAGUGUUAAAAAUCCUAAACAGGAUAAUUAGCACUCAAAUAUAUAGGAUUGCACACAGUAACAGAUGUAUAAUGCUCUCUCUUGGAAGAUGGUAUGAUUGAAAAAUAGCUAACUUUUCUAUAAAAUUUUGUUAGC